AUGGGAAGGUCACCGCUGCGGGGGACGCAGCAGCUGGCAGAAGAGCGGCGUGGGACCGGCUGCAGCCCCUGCCUGCGUCACGCCGCGGCAGCUCGAGGCCACCGCACACGUGCUGGCGCACGGCGACCUCCCGGCGUGGGCAGGAGGCACAAGUGGCCACUCGACCCGGGCACAGAAGUGGAGCCCACCUCCCGGGACGCGGGGCGGGGAGGCCGGCCCGCCGGCACCGAGGCUCUCCCCGCCGCUGGGGGCGGGGGGGGAAGCGGGAGCCGCCGCGGGCACCGGCCUCCGCGCCCCGCUCUUCCCCCGCCCCCCGCCGCGGCGGUUCGCCCCGCGCCGCCGCGAUUGGCCGAGCGCUUAAAGGGGCCGGCAGCGCGCGCUUUUCCGCCCUCCGCCGCGGCGGCGCGUGCCCCCUCGCCCGCGCGGCGCUCCCCGGCGCGGCGCUCCCCGGCGGGCGGGGGGGGCGGCCCGGCCAGCCCGCGGGGCCCCGGCGGCGGCGCCAUGCAAGCGGCGGACGGCGGCCGCCGCGGGACACAACAAAGGGCGACGCGGCGGCGGCGGGCGGCGCGGCGGGGGCCCAUGGCGGUGGCGGGGCCCGGCCCGGGUGGCGGCGGCGGCGGAGGAGGAGGAGGAGGAGGUGUUGGCGGCGGCGGCGGGGCUCCACGGUACAGCCUGCUGGCCGAGAUCGGCCGCGGGGCCUACGGCGUGGUGUACGAAGCGGUGUCGGGCCGCAGCGGCGCCCGGUUAGCGGUGAAAAGGAUCCGGUGUGACGCCCCGGAGAACGUGGAGCUGGCGCUGGCGGAGUUCUGGGCCCUGACCAGCCUCCGGCGGCAGCACCCCAACGUGGUGCGCUUCGAGGAGUGCGUCCUGCAGCGGCACGGCCUGGGCCAGCGCAUGAGCCACGGCAACAAGCGCAGCCAGCUCUACCUUCGCCUCGUCGAGACCUCCCUCAAAGGUGAGAGGAUCCUGGGCUACGCGGAGGAGCCGUGCUACCUCUGGUUCGUCAUGGAGUUCUGUGAAGGAGGAGACCUCAACCAGUACAUCCUGUCACGAAGACCUGACCCAGCAACGAACAAGAGCUUCAUGCUGCAGCUGACCAGUGCCAUCGCCUUCCUGCACAAGAACCACAUUGUCCACCGGGACCUGAAACCAGACAACAUCCUGAUCACUGAGAAGUCCGGCACCCCUGUGCUCAAGGUGGCUGACUUCGGGCUGAGCAAGGUCUGUGCUGGCCUGACUGCUCGGGGCAAGGAGGGUGGCAAGGAGAACAAAAAUGUGAAUGUGAACAAGUACUGGCUGUCCUCGGCUUGUGGCUCUGAUUUCUACAUGGCACCCGAAGUGUGGGAGGGCCACUACACUGCCAAGGCUGACAUCUUUGCCCUCGGCAUCAUCAUCUGGGCCAUGAUAGAGAGGAUCACGUUCAUCGAUGCUGAGACCAAGAGGGAGCUGCUGGGGACCUACAUCAAGCAAGGGACUGAGAUUGUGCCCGUUGGGGAAGCGCUGCUAGAAAACCCAAAGAUGGAGCUGCACAUCCCUCAGAAACGCAGGACUUCCAUGUCUGAGGGGAUCAAGCAGCUCUUGAAAGACAUGUUGGCUGCUAACCCGCAGGAUCGACCUGAUGCCUUUGAGCUUGAAACCAGGAUGGACCAGGUUACUUGUGCUGCUUAAAUUCAGGGCAGGGCACUUCUGUGCUUUGCAGCUGGGUUUAUUUACCAGGGACCCAUAAUCUCCAUUAUUUAUGUGCAACGAGGGAAGUCAAAGAUAAGGGAAGAUGAUGAUACAGAAGAUCCCUGGUCUGCAGGAUCUCUGGCAAUGUGAAAUCUUUGGGUGUUACUUUGUUUUGCUGGGAAGAGGUGUUCUGGGGAUGUGUGUGGGGGCGGGGGGGAGCUGCAGGGCCUGUUGAGAGCACAAGCUGGCGGCUCUCUUGCUCACAAGACUUUCAGACAAGAUCCAGAGGGCAAAGCUGCCCCUGCCCAGCCCUCCCUGUGUCUCUGCUGCCAGUGACUCAGUAGAUGUUCCUAGAGAAAAUCUGGUUCCAUCAGGAGGUGGGAAUCAGCAGCCCAGCAGCAGGUUGUGCUGCCAGGCAUCAGCUCUGAGUCCGUCUGGGCACAAAUUUGAAUUUAAAGCUGCUGCUUUCUCCUCGGGGAAAUGGGAGCAACAGGAUUGCUGGGUUUGCACUGGGAGUGCACUGUUCUGGGAAAAGUGAGUCUCCUGGACCAGGCGUUGCAAGCAGCUCAAUAAUUUCAUAGCCAGGCAGUUUCUGAGUAGGUGGAUCCUGCCCAGGCUGUGAGCAGUUGAUGUUCGGAGUAGCAUGAACAAGCUGGAAAGCCAUUUGUCCAGGCAGCUCUGGUGCUGCCACAGGCAGCCCUUCACUGUCCCCAAGCUGGAUCUCACUGGUGAGGUUUGUUCUGGUCCUUCUCUACUGUAGGUUGUCUGGUGGACAUUCCCUGUGCAAGUGCAACAGAAAGCAGUUCACUGCUCUGAUCCAUUGAAUGCCAAACUUCAGUUCUUAGUAAAAAUAUUUGGGAGAGGAAGAGGUUUGGCCUAAAUGUCUCCCUGGUUGGAUUCUAGCCUCCCACUAAACACUUUUCCCUGCCAGAUAACUGUUUCCAGGAAGUGAAAGGCAAUGCUGCUGUUUAGGUUUGGUUACAGUAGGGUACAGCUCAGGUAGGGAGAUUGGAACCUCAGGCUGAGCAGUUAUUACUCUGUUUCCUUGCCUGUAUUUAAAGCAACACUAAUAUUCUGGGGCUGACCCCAUGUUGAUGGUCUUCAGACUUUGCUCACUGUAAAUGCAAUUGUAAAGCAGCACCUCUUCACUGCCCUGCAGGUUCUGAACCAUCUCAAACAUUUCUCACCAGGCUAAGUCACCCAGCAGCAGUUUGGGGUUGGGCUGGACUGACCCAGCAUCACCCAUGAGCUGCCUGGGUGCUCAGUCCUUACUGGGGCCAGCCAGGACCACGGGCAGAAGAGGGUCACUCCAACCCUUUCCCCUGGCUGAUCCAUCACUGGAAGGUUCCUGAACUGGCAGCACCUCCUUGUAUCUACUUUGCUGACCUCAUGGGAUGGAAAUGCAGGAAAUUCAGGUGUGCUAAGGCACAGCUCCAGCAAGGAAAAGGGGGUAGGAGUUCUUUUUUCUCUUCCAUCUAUUCCAGGACAGAUCAGGCUGUUGCUGCAGGAAGGCCAGGUCCCUCUUAGGAGGACAAUGCCAGGAAGCUCCAGACCAUGUGUCUGUGACUUGGGAAGUUUUGGACAGCCCAAAUUCAGCGCCAAGCCCCUGUUCCCACGCUGCUUCUCUUUUGUUCCUAGGGAGGGUUCUGUGGGCUGUGGCCAGCCAUAGCCUGACCAGAACUGCACAGGCUCCCUCCAGGUUGGUUCCCAGGGCUGGUUUGCAGGUGCUGUGCUCAGCCCUGGCCACAGAGCCCUCCUGGGGGUUUUGAGCAGUUUUGGCUGCUCUCGUUUCCCUCUAACUUGCAGUGGCUGUGCUGAGGAGUUGCAGGUGUGUUUCUCCCCCAGCUCCCAGGGAGGGUUUGCAAGGGAGACAAGAGCUGAACCCAGUAGUUGAUCAGUACAGUGUUAGUGCCCUGGUCACAGGGCCAUCCUUCCUCCACCUGACACAGCCUUUGCUCCUGACUGUUAUAACUAACCCUGGCUUGAAUGGUGCAGUAAGAGGGCUUUACCCUCCCAGCCCUGCUCACUUGGCUUUCCAGGCAGGAAAGGCCCCAGGGGUUCCAUCCCGGUUGAAGGGAGCUUCCUAGCAGGUUUCCAUGUGUGGAAACCAAGCCUGAACUGGAGGACAUGGAAGGUGGUGACUGGGUUGCUCACCAGGAUCAUUGGUAGCACUCUGCUCCUUUCUGGGGACAGGAGCAAACCUGGCAGGCAGGCUCCAGGCAAGCCCUGGGAGGGUCAGCCCUCUUGGUCCACCACUGUUUCAUGUCAUCUCCGAACCACACGUCUCCACCUCAGCUUUUGCAUUCCAGAUGUGUUUUUAAAGCAGCUUGAUGUUAGUGAGCUAGACCGUAGUGCCUUACUUAGGAUUUAGCAAACACUUCCAAGGAUGAGUGCUAGGGCUGCCAGCCUUUGGCCAACAUGGACGUUUCCCGCAUUAGUUUGUCCUUUUAAGAGCAUUUCUCCCUGAUGAUUUUGCUGCUGUUUGUGCUCCCUAGACUCUGUGGGAACCUGCCUUGUGUUUACAGCUCCCAGCAUCUCUCCUCCCAGUUCUGUGGCCCAGACUAUCUAGAACAAGAUGGGAACAGCUCAAACCUGCAUGUGCUGUGGGAUGGAGGAUGUUUAGGCUUCUCUUCCCAGGUGGGUCUAUUGGGCAUCUUCUGCCCAGCUCCUGCAGGCUCAACUUCUCCCUCUGCUGUAAAUGUUUUUGGCAUCAGGAUGCGCGUCUGGGAAAACUCAAGCUUAAGAAAGCAGCACCAGGCCUGCAGCUCGCUGCCCAGCCAGGGCCAGGCUGUCUCCAUCUCAUCCUGGCCACAGUGAAGCUGAGCAUCCAGGUGCUGGGUGGGCCUGGUCAGUAAGGGGGGGGAAACCAAGUACCCUCUCACAAACCCCUGCUGCCCCCUGGGCUUGCAGGGCUCCAGCCAGUGCCUGCGCCGAGAGGGGAGAGAUUGUAUGAAAUUGUUUACUUCUGAUUAUGCUGUUUACAAGAGGGAUGUGGGGUGGGUGGGGGGAACAAGCCAAGCCUCAGGAGGAUUGGGAAACGUGUUAUCUGCACCAGCCUGCAGCAAGGCCAAUAUUGCUGCCAUCAGGCAGGUGUCACGGGGACUUCCUGGCCAGCUUUGGUCCAGGGGCAGCAGAGGUGGCUCUGGCCUGGAGGGGUUAAUUAGCUUCCCCUUGUCCCCGUGCUGCUGUUUGAGGUUCAGCAGUGCUAGUGACAGAUAAAAGAGUUACCCCUGUGGUCUUCCUUUACUCCUCAGGACCCAGCUCCUUGACAUAUCAGAGGCUCCCAGAGCCUUUCUGGAGCAAUAAGACUUCACACAGGCAUUAACCAUCGCUGUGGAAAUCCUCCGUCGUGUGCGUCGUGCGUCUCCUCCGUGUGCAGGAUGAGUCUGGGUUUAAGCCUCCCAAGCAUCAUGGGGCAGCUGCUGGGCUCCCUGUGCUUUCUGCAGGUCACAAGAGCAGGGGAACAUGUUGCUGCUUUCCUUUGUGUCCCCAGCCUCACACUACAGCUGCCAGGGGGACUCGUGGUGCCAUUUGGGUGAUUCUGCUGCAGGAGGAGCAGGCGCUGCUCAGCCCUGCACAGAGCUGGCUGGGUGCUUCACCUGGCUCCUUGCAGCCCCCCCAUCCCUCCUGUCAGGCUCUACAGGUCCCAGAGGCAGCAUCUGGGAAGUGGAGCCCCCGGCUCCCUUGGCAGUGGGAUGUGGCCGGUGCUGGUGCUGCCCUGGAGCCGUUGCUGGUGGUGGGGAGAGCUGUGCCAGCUGCUCUUCUGCUGCUCAGCUGGUACCUGGGCACGUCCCAGCGUGUGGCUCUUCAUGUCCAAGAGCAUUUCACACUUCAGAGCAGGGUGUGGGUGCACAGGGAGCUGCUCUCUUGCAGCUGCAAUGUGACAAAUCCUGUUUCUCUGCAGUCUGCCCAAGUGCUCUUUACUCCAGAGGUGAUGUCCAGGCUGUAGGAAGAGCUUGCAGAGGCCAAAAGGGUGAGUGCUUGGUGUCCCCAUCCCAGUGCCUGUCCCCAUCCCAGAACUUCAGCUCACUUACCCAGCAAAUCCCAGCAGCUUUGCAGAGCCACUUCCCUAUAACCCCAGGGAGAUACUGGAGCCUCAGCAGUGCUGGGCAACUUGCAGGACUAGAACACCCUGUCCCAGCCCUGCUCCAGGCUCCUCUGCUCCCUGCAGCCCCCAUACUGAGCUAGCAAGAGCAGAAGGCUUAAACCCAGACUCCAAACUAAAGAUAAUUAGUAAAGGAACCUGUAUUUUUCUUUUUUCUCCUUUUUUUUUUUUUUUGCACAGAAGCUGGUAAUCUAGGACCUAUGUGUGAACAACUUUAUAUAAAUAUUUUUUGUACUUGGUUUACUUGGGUUGGUAUGAGACGUAUUUAAGUUCUUUGAACACUGUGGAUGCCCUGAUGUGUAUGAGUGGCAGAGGCUUUGUAAGUUAAGAGACGUUUGUGUGAAUAAAGCUAUGUGAUGGGGUUGAAAAGCCACACACACAAUGAAA